GUUGAGUUUUGUUUUGCUACGAAUUAAUGUAACCAUCGAUAGUAGCGAAGGGAGAAUUAAGAACUUUAUUGCCUAAUAGUGCGUUAAGGUGCUUAUACAAGGAAAUUAAGAAAAUAUGGUACUGAAGAAGCUGGCCAGAUGAAAUCUAUGGCUCCCGCGUCCAGGGGCUGACAAAAUGUUGCCUCCUGGUUUUUUCAUAUUCUGCUCUCUGCUGACGAGCUCAUUAUGUGUUAUAGCACCGCAAAUACCAGACUUCAAAACCGGUGACAGCAAGAUAAUCAACGGGCCAUUCUGGCACGAAGUAUUCACAGAAAUAUACGAGGACCCUGAGGAGGACGUCUCGACGACGACAUCGGAACCACUACCCUUCUUCGAAGAUGAUGCCUCGACGAAUAACGUCACGGCGCAGUUGGGGAGUCGUGUUUAUCUGCAUUGCAGAGUUCAUGACUUGGGAGAGAAGACGAUAUCCUGGGUACGUCGGAAAGGCGAAGACUUACACCUACUCUCCUUCGGCCGGCACACAUAUUCCGCCGACUCGCGCUAUUCACUCGCCUUCGAGCAGCCAAACGACUGGCGCCUGCUCAUACAGUACGUGAGCGAGAGAGACGAGGGAUACUACGAGUGUCAGAUAUCCACGCACCCGCCGCUCGUUAGACGCGUGCAUUUGAGUGUAGUUGUGCCAAAAGUUGAGAUCAUAGACGAGCGUGGUCGACCACUACAAGACAAGUUCUACAAAGAAGGUUCUAUAAUAGAACUGCGUUGUAUUGUGAGUGAAGUGCCACAACCAGCAAGACAGGUGAACUGGAAGCAUGGGGGGAGGUUACUGAACUAUGACACGAAGAGAGGGGGGGUUAGUGUGAAGACGGAAGCCACGGCGAACGGAGCUCUCUCCAGACUGUAUAUAGCUAACGCUAAUAGAAACGAUUCUGGUAACUAUACAUGUUCGCUCGCUGACGUUGCCGCGUCAGCUGUUUCUGUUCAUGUGUUGAGAGGCGAGAAUCCUCUAGCGAUGCAGCGCGGCAACGCGUCGAUGUUACAUCCAUCGCUUGUUAUGUUCUUUGUAUAUAUCAGCUGACGUUUGUUAAGCGCGUAAUGUACUACGCGCUGUGUAUAAAUAGUCGUAGAUAGAUUGUAUCGAUUGGAGCUCUUGGUGGGUUAGGUUGAGAACUAAUUUGUUUGGGUUUAAAAUGGGUUUUAUGAGCGUAUUUUUCGUGGA